AUGUUAACAAAAGUUGCAGCAACAUUAGGCUUGCUUUCCCUUGCUGCUUUCUCAUUUUUUGAAGCUGUUAAUGGUGCAAGACGACUCACAAGUGUAGGCUGUAACCCCUCUUCCUGCGGAAAUUUAACCAACAUCAGGUCCCCUUUCAGAUUAAAAGCCGACCCUCCCCAGUGUGGCAGUCCUUCCUAUGAACUGAUUUGCCAAAAUAACCGCACCUUUUUGAGCAAUAAUUUGGGUUUCUACGUUGCAGACAUCUUUUAUGAUGGCUCUGGAACAAUUCGAUUGGUGGAUCAGAGUCUGGACGCUAAACAAUGCUCCAUUCUUCCUAAAUCCCCUGUAUGCCGAGAAGUUACUGAUUUUAUCUAUUUUGUGAGUUGCCGAGCACCCAUGGCCUCUUCUCUCUACGUCGACGCCGCUCCUUGCGCGAACGCCUCCUCUCCCUACCCUUACUUUUAUGCUUUAUUUAGCGCCGACUCGCUGAACGCCACUGGUUUUGAUGAGUCUUGCACCGUGGAAAUCCAGGUGCCGAGACCCGUUCGGUUGCAGUCUUCUAACAUCAGCGCUCUGCGUCGUCUAUCUAUUUUCGAUAUUCACCGGGAGCUUCUCAUGGGUUAUGACGUGCCAUGGGCAUGCGCAUACACGCCCCGUUCCAGCAACAACAUCACACUUGCCAAAAUAUUAUGGCGGUUGAAGUUCAUCCUCUACAAUUACUUCAAUAGCUUUCGAAUAUUUUUUGCCCACGCCUUUCCAUCGCAGGACACUUAUAUUUAUUAUUACACUUCAAGGACUCAGGUUAUCUUCCUUAUUCUAACAGGAGUUGCUAUUGCUAUUAGAACUUUAAUCGGGGUUUCAAGCUUGAUUAUAGUUGUAGUAUUUAAGUUUCGCAGAAGACACUUGUGUGUGGAUGAUACAAUUGAAGAAUUUCUUCGAAUGCAAAACAAGUUAAUGCCCAUACGGUAUUCUUAUUCAGACAUAAAGAGAAUGACAGAAUCUUUUAAAGAUAAAUUAGGGCAGGGUGGUUUUGGAUCUGUAUUCAAAGGAAAGCUUCGAAGCGGUCAUCUUGUUGCAAUAAAGUUGUUAGAAUUGUCAAAAUCUCAAGGUCAAGAUUUUAUCAAUGAAGUUGCUACCAUUGGAAGGAUUCAUCAUGUUAAUGUGGUACGACUUGUUGGUUUUUGUGUAGAAGGAUCGAAACAAGCUCUUGUUUAUGAUUUUAUGCCAAAUAGUUCUUUAGAUAAGGUCAUAUUUUCAAAAGAAAAGGACAUCAGUUUGAGUUGGGAAAAAGUAUCUGAGAUUGCAAUCGGAGUGGCUCAAGGAAUAGAAUACUUGCACCAGGGAUGUGAUAUGCAGAUUUUACAUUUUGAUAUCAAACCACAUAACAUUCUUCUAGAUGAAAACUUCACUCCAAAAGUCUCAGAUUUUGGUCUUGCAAAAUUGCAUGCUAUAGAUAACAGUAUAGUGUCUCUCACUGCAGCACGAGGUACUCUCGGAUAUAUUGCUCCAGAAUUGUUUUACAAGAACAUUGGGAAUAUCACACAUAAGGCUGAUGUUUACAGUUUCGGAAUGUUGUUAAUGGAAAUGGCAGGAAGGAGAAGGAAUUUGAAUGCACAAGCCAGACAAUCUAGUGAAAUAUAUUUUCCUUCUUGGAUUUAUGACCGAUUUGAUAGAGGGGAGGAUUUAGAAGUCGAAGAUGCCACUGAGAGCCAAAAGAAAACUGUAAGGAAAAUGAUCAUAGUUGCUUUCUGGUGUAUACAAAUAAAGCCUACAGAUCGUCCUUCGAUGAGUGAGGUUUUGGAAAUGCUUGGAGGCGAUGUUGAGCUCCUUGAAAUACCUCCAAAGCCAUUUCUAUUAUCUAUGGAAAGAUCAUCUGAGGACUUUGAAGAUGAGCUCACCACAUCAGCCGAUGAUGCUACUACUACCAUGAGCAUGGAAGGGGCAGAGUAUAAUAUUCAUAGCUCAAAUGACUGACUGAGUUAGAGGAUCUGGCACUUCGAUCAGAUGGUUCUCCAUGAAGGAAAGGAAGCUAUUGCAUGAAACCAAACUUUGCUCUGUUCCAUAUAAGAGAUUGCUGUACAAGGUCUUCUGUCAAUCUUUCCUUGUGUUUUGUUAGACAUGUUGGUUGUAAGUUGUAUAAAUAGUGCAAAAACAAUGUUGAUGACAAAAUAAAAAUUUUGGUUGUAUAAAGAAUAUUUCAAAGCAGUUAGUUAUAUAUCCAUUGACUAAUGGAUUAAUUAAUUUAUUUAGUUUA